AUGAGUGAGGAGUUGGAUGAACUGCACUGCCAGGACACAGACUCCGAUGUGCCAGAGCAGAGAGACAUCAAGUGCAAGGUCAAGUGGACCCACGAGGAGGACGAGCAGCUGAGGGCGCUGGUGCGGCAGUUCGGGCAGCAAGACUGGAAGUUCCUGGCCAGCCACUUCCCGAACCGCACUGACCAGCAAUGCCAGUACCGGUGGCUGAGAGUCUUGAACCCAGACCUCGUCAAGGGGCCCUGGACCAAAGAGGAGGACCAGAAGGUCAUCGAGCUGGUCAAGAAGUACGGCACGAAGCAGUGGACAUUGAUCGCCAAACACCUGAAGGGCCGGCUGGGCAAGCAGUGCCGUGAGCGCUGGCACAACCACCUCAACCCUGAGGUGAAGAAGUCCUGCUGGACGGAGGAGGAGGACCGCAUCAUCUGUGAGGCCCACAAGGUGCUGGGCAACCGCUGGGCCGAGAUCGCCAAGAUGCUGCCCGGGAGGACAGACAAUGCUGUGAAGAAUCACUGGAACUCCACCAUCAAAAGGAAGGUGGACACAGGAGGCUUCCUGAACGAGUCCAAAGACUACAAGCCCCCCGUGUAUCUGCUGCUGGAGCUCGAGGACAAGGAUGGCGGCCAGAGCACCCAGCCCGCAGAGGGCCAGGGGAGCCUCGUCGCCAGCUGGCCCCCUGCGCCCCUUGCCAUGAAGGAGGAGGAAAGCAGUGAGGAGGAGGCGCCCGCAGCCACCGCUUCUCAGGGGCAGGACCCUGUCUCUGCAGAGCUGGACGGGGCGCACACCCCGGAGCCCUUGGAGGACUUCGCCAAGCACGAGGACGAAGCCAGCUUCCCGCCAGACACCAGCCUGCCCUACAAGUGGGUGGUGGAGGCUGCCAACCUCAUCAUCCCCGCCGCAGAGUCCAGCCUCUCCGAAGCCCUGGACCUGAUCGAGUCGGACCCCGAUGCUUGGUGUGACCUGAGUAAGUUCGACCUUCCCGAGGAGCCGGCCACAGAGGGCAGCGCCAGCCACAGCCCGGUGCAGCCAGAGCAGCAGGCCCCGCCCAGCCGCCAGCCCGCCGCCCCAUUGCCCAGCGUGACCGAAUACCGCCUGGACGGCCACACCAUCUCGGACCUGAGCCGCGGCAGCCGGGGCGAGCUGAUCCCCAUUUCCCCCAGCACCGACGUGGCGGGCCUGGGCGUCGGCACGCCACCCUCGGUGCUCAAGCGGCAGAAGAAGAGGCGUGUGGCCCUGUCCCCUGUGUCAGAGAACAGCGCUAGCCUGUCCUUCCUGGACUCUUGCAACAGCCUCACUCCCAAGAGCACGCCCGUCAAGACCCUGCCCUUCUCGCCCUCCCAGUUUCUCAACUUCUGGAACAAGCAGGAUGCCCUGGAGCUCGAGAGCCCGUCCCUGACGUCCACCCCGGUGUGCAGCCAGAAGGUUGUGGUCACCACGCCCCUGCACCGGGAUAAGACGCCCCUGCACCAGAAGCACACUGUCUUUGUGACCCCCGACCAGAAGUGCUCCAUGGACAACACUCCCCACACGCCUACGCCCUUCAAGAAUGCCUUGGAGAAGUACGGGCCGCUGAGACCCCUGCCCCAGACCCCGCACCUGGAGGAGGACUUGAAGGAGGUGCUGCGCUCGGAGGCCGGCAUCGAGCUGGGCAUCGAGGACGACGCGCGGCCCGAGAAGCAGAAGAGGAAGACGGGGCUGCGCCGGAGCCCCAUCAAGAAAGUCCGCAAGUCUCUGGCUCUUGACGUCGUGGAUGAGGACGGGAAGCUGAUGAUGUCCACGCUGCCCAAGGCGCUGUCCUUGCAGGCCGGUAUCCCCUCGAGCUCCUCCAGCCUUGCGCUCCCAGGCGGCAGGGACAACAGCCUCCUCAACCAGGGCUUCCUGCACGCCAAGCCUGAGAAGCCGGCAGUGGCCCAGAAGCCCCGAGGCCACUUUCCAGCCCCGGCCCCUAUGACCAGCGCCUGGAAGACGGUGGCCUGCGGGGGCACCAGGGACCAGCUCUUCAUGCAGGAGAAGGCACGGCAGCUCCUGGGCCGCCCGAAGCCCAGCCACACGUCUCGGACCCUCAUCUUGUCUUGAGGCACCUGGCGCCAUGAGCCCGUUCUCAUGUUUACAGGGGCUGGGCAUGGCGGGUUCCGGAAUUUGAGAGCCACACUCAGUGGCUGCCUGCAGGGACCCUCUGCUGCCAGUCCCUCCACACUGCCCGCGUGAGGACAGGCGCCUCUGUCCUGCAGGCGGUGAGCGGUUCCUGGUUCUGGCAGCAACGCCCCAGGCCUGCCGUCCUCUCCCCGGUUUGCGUGGGGCACCUUCAGCCCUGCUGAGCCGGGCUGGGCGGGCCCAGCCUCACCUCAGGCCCCCCGCUCAGGCAGGGGGCCACCUGCACCUCCUUCCCUCAGCUGUUGGCUCAU